UCCAACCCAAACAACCAAAUCACCAUGAAGUUCCUCAUCUGCUUGGCUCUCUGCAUCGCCGCCGCCCAGGCUGGUUACCUCACAUCCCCAGUGGCCACUUAUGCCGCUGCUCCGGCCUAUGCCGCCACCUACUCCGCCGCCGCUCCCGUGGCCUACGCCGCUCCUGGAUACUCCACCUAUGCUGCUCCUGGCUACUCCACCUACGCCGCUCCUGGCUACUCCACCUACGCCGCUGUCGCUCCCGCCUAUACCGCCUACAGGUCUCCCUUGGCCUAUUCCGCUCCGGUUGCCACCUACGCCGCUGGCCACGCCUUCGCCGCCCCCAUCACCACCUACUCUGCUCCAGCCGUCGUCAGCUCCUUCCUGAAGAAGUAAACAGCACUUGCCCUUUCACUUUUUGAUCCA